CCCCGAACCAACGGCAACCUAGCACACUCGACCUUGGCUAGUCACCCACGCAGCUCAGACUGACGGGCACUUUCUAGGUUAAGAUAUCGCAUCACGCCCGUCUGUGAGACCCGAAACGGGGUCACGAUGAUGAGCAGUAUACAAACUGCCGAACCCUUAUUGAGUCGGUCAUAGAGUACAGUAGGGAGUCUUGAUCAAUACCCUAAGCCUAGCAUCCUCUACAUUCAUUUCCCUUUGCCUUUUUCUCGUUGGCACUUGGCACUUUGUGGGUACCUUUGGAUCUCAUCCACCUAGCAUCUACAACGGUGCAGCCCACUUGCCUCUUAUUGGGCCCCAUAAUUACCAGUGGCAUUUAUUUGUCCCGUCAGGCUGUGUGGCGUCCAGAAUGUCCGACGUCGACCUUGGCACGGCCUUUAUCCCGGCCCUGCACAAACCGCCUGCUCUUCUGCCCAUUGCCAGACACCGUGAGACCCUCUUGUACAUGAUCGAGACCUACCCGGUCACGGUCGUAGUGGGUCAGACCGGCUCUGGAAAGAGCACACAGAUUCCCCAGUUUCUCGAGCAGGCCGGAUGGUGUGCCGAUGGAAAGAUCAUUGCCGUCACUCAGGUACGUGCUUUCGCCGUGCCAGCGUAGCCCAGGCACUCUGUCCGUCCAGGCUGAGAGGCAGUCGCUAACCGGCGAUAUGGGAUUCUAGCCCCGUCGUGUUGCAGCAACU